ACCUGGUCAGGGGCAGAGAGCGGUGCCCGCCCAUCAGGGUCUGGACUGACUAGAAGAGAAGAAUCAGAGGCCCAAACUGAACCAUCCCCCGGGGUCCAUCUGGCCCAGCUGAGAUCCAGAGAGAAGCCAGGUGGAUUGACGGUAGCCGCCAUGGAUGCCCCAGGGGGGAAGAAACCCCAGGCCCCGUCUUGGGCCCCCAGGCGCCUGCUAAGCUUUCACCCCCCGCCCCCCGAGGCCGGCCAAAAGGCCAAGUCGGAGGCCGGCCCGGCCCCCGAUCGCCCUUUGCCUUUCGUGCCGCUGUGCGGGCGGGCGGCCCUGGCGCCGGUUAUCACCCCCAUCCGGAAGCAGCAGAUGGGCCGGCAGGGAGCGGCCGGCCGCGGUCGCGGCCGCGGUCGCGGCCCCGAUCUCCCGGCGCUGGCGGCCCGGCGCGACCCGGCCGCGGACGGCGGCUGGAAACACGGUCCCCCCCGCCGCUGGAACUGCCUCCGAGAGGACAGCGGGGUCGGGGCCAAGCCGCCCCCGGGCCCUGACCAGCGGGUGAAGCCAUCCAAACCUCAGGGUGCCGCUCCCGCCCGCUCCCGGCCUGCUGAUGCUAAGAGCCUCCAGGUGGACUCUAGGCCCCGGCCUCCUGAACUGUGUUUCGUUCGCAAGAUGUCCCUCCUGGCUACCCCUUACCAGGUGCUGCCCACCACCUACCUGGGGGAUCUUGAGGCACAACGGCGCUACGCUGCCUCCUCCCAGCCUCUCCGACGCCCAGCAGACACUCCGGGGCAGGAGGGAUUCAUCAAUUUGCUGAGCCAUGUGCAAGGCGGAAGGAUGGAAGAGCAGCGCUGUGCCCUGCAAAACAGGCCAGACCAACGAUCCUCAGGAGCCAAUCCCCCCAACAAGGGCCGCCCCAGUUCCACCCCAGAGAUGGAGAACCUAAUGGAGAUGGUGGCCCACACCCAGGGUCGCCGUAUGGAUGACCAGCGAGUCAGUAUUUCCAACCUUCCGGGCUUCCAGCCCUGUGGGAACAAGAGGGUCCCGGAAUCCGGCAUGGGGACAUUAGGCCGCAAAUGCGCAGCUAAGCCCAGCGGAAAUGAGAGGCCGCCGACCAGAAGACCAUUCUGGAUCCCGUCUCCAAUAACUCAGGAGCCCCGGCUCCCUAAAAUUGAAUAAAGUCAGCCCUUCCCUCGCUGU